AAGAAAAUUUUCUUACUUUUUCUUGAAGAAGAUGAAGCAAGCUAUACUCUCAUGGAGUCAUUGUCCUCCAUUUCUUCCCAAAUUAUCACCAAUCUCCAUUUUACCGAAAACCCAAAAAACCCUUUUAAGGGUUUAUGCAACUGUGGAGUCACCUGAAGAGAAUUUGCUAACAGCUAAAGAGAGAAGGCAAAUGAGAAAUGCGAGAAGAGAGAGUAAAACAGGUUACAGUUGGAGAGAAGAAGUAGAGGAAAAGCUUAUCAAGAAACCUAAGAAGCAAUACAAGUCCUGGACUGAAGAGCUUAAUCUUGAUAACCUUGCUAAAUUGGGUCCUCAAUGGUGGGUUGUUAGAGUUUCUAGAGUUAAUGGUCAUGAAACUGCUGAACGGAUGGCUCGUGCUCUUGCUAGGAACUUUCCUGAUAUUGAUUUUCAGGUAUACAUUCCAUCUAUACAAGUCAAAAGGAAAUUAAAAAAUGGAACACUUUCAAUUAAGCCAAAACCCCUUUUCCCAGGAUGUGUGUUUCUGAGAUGUGUACUGAACAAGGAAAUACAUGAUUUCAUUCGAGAAUGUACUGGAAUUGGAGGCUUUGUUGGAUCCAAGGUUGGAAAUACAAAACGGCAGAUCAACAAACCCAGACCUGUUGAUGAGGAUGACCUGGAGGCCAUAUUCAAACAAGCGAAGGAAGAGCAAGAGAAAGCUGAUCAAGCUUUUGAAGAAGAGGAACAAGGAGAAGGAGGUUUAGAUUCCAAGCUGACAAAAAACUCUAGUAUAGCUACCCUUGACGACAAAGUUGUGCCCAAAAAACGAGGAAGGCAAUCUAAAAAAGCUUCAGACCUGCUUGCAGUUGAUGCGUUGAGAGGAUCAGAUGAUAAAUCUUUAGUACCAGGGUCAACUAUCGAAGUUGUGUCCGGAGCCUUUGCUGGAUUUUCAGGGAUUCUCAAGAAGGUUGAUAGCAAGGCAGGAUUGGCAACUGUUGGAUUUUCUCUGUUUGGCAAGGAGACUCUAGCUGAUAUAGAUGUCAAAGAAAUUGUAGCAGAGGUUGGCUGACCUGUUUAGGCUGUGGAUACUUUUUUGUCUGAGAUGUUGGGCUGGUAGAUAAACUUGACAAGCUCAGAAGGGACUUUCUAUGGAAUGGAAAUGAGGAGGAUAAGGGUUUUCAUUUUGUGAAAUGGGAUGAUUUCGACUUGAUAAGAAUCAGGGGGUCUUGGUAUCAGAAAUCUGAAAUUACACAAUAGUUGUCUAUUGAUGAAGUAUUUAUGGAAGGAGGUGAUCAUGAAGAAAUAUGGACAGACAAGCCAAUGAUGCACUGAUGAAGUGGUCAACACUUAUAGUCUUAACAAACAUGUUGUCAUAAGGUGGGUGAUGGCACAAAAACUAUGUUCAGAAAGGAAUCCCGAAACGGGCAAGUGCCUUUGAUGACUAUUUUCCCGGAUUUAUUUUCCAUAUGCAGCAAUCCUGAAGCGCUUCGCCACUGCGUCAGACUCUUGGACUCCUCAAGGGUUGAAUAUAUAUAUGCUUCAAAAGGAACCUAAAUGACUGGAAAAUUGAUAGGGUGGUUGAUCUUUUGUAGGAAGUUGAUAAGUUGAGAGACACUUCCCAGCCCCAAAUGCAAUCAAGUAGAAACAUACCAAUGACGGGAGGUUCUCUAUUUAACAGUGUAUAAAUUGGAAGUUUUGGGGCAACCAGGAGACAGAACAGGUCCGUGGACAAAGGUAUAAAAAUGUCUUGUGCCAUCCAAAAUCAAGUGCUUCACUUGGUUAGUGACAGAACAGCCUGCUUCACUGUUAUGAGGCUGCAGAGACCAGCAGUCAUUUGUUUCUGCAUUGUAAAGUGAUAGUCCAUCGAUGGUCCCUUUUCUUCAGCCUCGCCGGUAACAAUUGGACAAUGUCAGAACGCACAUCAGAUCUUCUAAGCUGCUGGAUCAGGAGAGGAGUAGCAUGUCCCAGAAGAGAUGGUGUAGAGUAGUUCCAUCAUGUAUUUGGUGGACAGUGUGGAAUGAAAGAAAUGAGAGGUGUUUUGAGGAUAGAUUUAAUACUUUGCAGAAAAUUAAGUGGAAUUGUAUUGUAAAUUUUUAUUUUUGGUGUAAAAAAGCAAGUGUAGAGGAUACAAUCUUCUAGACUCUAUAAUUAGCCCUUGGUUCAUAGCUCUCUGUUGAUAACUUUUUGGA